AUGGCUACUAGUGUGAAUGAAAUUGGUUUUGCAUUUUUAAACAUUUAUUAUGAACGCAUGAAAAAAGAUCCUUCAAAGGUCUCUGCAUUGUAUUCUAAUACUGCUGAAUUAACUCAUAUUAAUUACCAGGUCAAUUUAGAUGAAAAUAGUGAUACCGUUGAGACUGUUAAAUUAACCGGUAAAGAAAAUAUAAGCAAAUUCUUCACAAGGAAUAAUAAAAAAGUUUGUGAUUUGAAAGUCAGAUUGGAUUCUUGUGAUAUGCAAGCAACUGGUCAAUCGCAAUCGAAUAUUAUUAUUCUAACUACCGGUGAAUUGUUUUGGACCGGCACGCCAACAUAUAAAUUUUGUCAAGCUUUUGUUCUACAACGUAGUCAGGAAAAUAAGAAUAUUUUUGAUAUCACUAAUGACAUUAUUAGAUUCAUCCCAGAUAGUUUAGAGAAAUAUGUUAUUAAACAACAAGAAAAUACCCCUGUUGAUAAUUCCGAUGAUGGACCUAAGGAGUUAGAAGGCAAUACCGGGAUUGGGAAACCAAAAGAAAAUAAAGUUAACACAUCAACAGUUGAGCCAGUAUCUGAGAAACAAGCUCCAGAAAUGGACGAUAAAAACCAACAAAACGAUAAAAGUGAUGAAAAUGUUGAUUCAAGUAAAGUAGAUAAACAGGUUACAGAACAGUCAACAACCAAAAUGUCAUGGGCCUCUAAAUUGUCCUCAGUUGCACAAAAACCUAAUCAAGUACCUGCUACCAAGACUUCAAAUGAGGAAAGUCAAUCCAAAAAUCUGGAGAAAAGCACACUAUCUGAUAACAGCAAAAAGGAAAACUCUUCCAACAAAGCUACGAAAAAGAAACAGGUAUUUAGCACUGUAAAUAAGGAUGGAUUUUUCCCCAUCUAUAUCCGUGGUACCACUGGUAUAAACGAAGAUAGAUUAAAGAAAAUAUUAGAGAAAGAAUUCGGUAAUAUUAUGAAGAUUACAAGUGCUGAUAAUUUUGCUGUUGUAGAUUUUGAAAAUCAAAAAAGUCAAACUGAUGCACUUGAAAAGAAAAAAUUGAAAAUUGAUGAUAUUGAGGUUCAACUAGAACGUAAAACUGUAAAGAGAGUUACGUCAACAACACCCAGCCCUGGUUCGAUGAAUAGCAACAGUAAUGGAAAUGCAAAUAAUACCAACAAUAUUAGCGGCAAUAACAAUACAAGUAGCAAUAAUGCUGCGAACAAUACCAAUGCCAACGCUAAUGCUAAUGCUCGCCAAGCUAAGAAACAUCACUCAAAGAAAAGAGAUCAAUAG